AUGAUAUCUGAAACUGUAUCUGAAGUUCAUUUGUUAAGUGGUGACAACUAUAAAGAAUGGAAAGAUAAGAUUCUCUUUCACUUGGGGUGUGCAGAUCUUGACUAUGCUCUUCGUAGGGAAGAGUCUCCAACACCUACUGAUGCUAGUUCUCAAGCCGAGGUAGCAUUAUACGAAUGGUGGGAGAAAUCCAACCAUUUAAGUAUGAUGUUUAUUAAGUCUCGUAUUUCAGCUAGUAUCCGAGGUUCAAUUCCUGAUUGUAGGAAUGUCAAGGAUUGUAUGAAGGCUAUUGAUGAACAAUUUGAGUCUUCUAGUAAGGCACUUGCAAGCACCCUAAUGGCACAAUUGUCAUCUAUGAAGCUUACCGGCAUAAGAGGUGUGCGUGAACACAUCAUGAGGUUGAGAGACAUUGCAGCACAACUGAAAGCUUUAAAGGUUGAGAUCUCUGACUCAUUUCUGGUGCAUCUUAUUCUGAAUUCUCUUCCUGCCUAG